AUGAUCAAAUCAAAGAAAAGAAAAUCAAAGUCUUUAGAAUCCCUAAACUCUAGACUUCAGCUGGUUAUGAAAAGUAGUAAAUAUGCAUUUGGAUAUAAACAAACUCUGAAAAUGAUUCCGCAGGGCAAAGCCCCGUUGGUUAUCCUAGCCAAUAACUGUCCUGCUUUGAGAAAAUCAGAAAUUGAGUACUGUGCUAUGUUGGCCAAAACUGGUGUGCAUCACUACAGCGGCAACAAUAUUGAACUGGGAACAGCUUGUGGGAAGUACUACAGAGUAUGUACUGUAUACUUGCUCUAAUUCACCCAGGUGACUCUGACAUCAUUAGAAGCAUGCCGGAAUAAACCAGUGAGAAGUAAAAUUAAUAAGCUUUAAAUUUUGUGUAAUAAUAA